AUGAAACAUUUCAGCUGCGUUCCGUUGUCUUUGAGUGUCUCACGCAUUUCUUCUUCUUCUUCUUCUUCUUCUUCUUCUUCUUCUUCCUUCCUUUCUUUCUUUCUUUCUUUCUUUUCGACAUACUAUUCAUUUCUUUUUUGUUCUUUUCUUCGUCUCUUUCUCUUUCUCCUCCUCUUUUUCGUCCUCCACCUGCUUGUUGUUCUUCUUUCAAUCACUGUUCUUAUCUUUCCUCCUCUCCUUUUCCUUUUUCAUUCUCUUUGUGUAAUUCUUCUUUUCUCUUCUUUGCUUUAUCUUUUUUUUUUCUUUCCAUACGUCUUUUCUUUUCUUUUUCCUUCUAUUUAUAUUCAUCCUCUUUCUCCCUCUUUCUCUUCUUCUUUCUUUUUCAUUAGAACAACUUCGCUUUCUUCUUAUUCGUCAGCUACCUUUUAUCCUUUUUCACUCGUUAUUUCCUUUCUUCGGUCACCUUUUCUUUUUCUCUUUUUACUUCUUGACCUUUUUCUCCCUCUUCUUUCAUUCUUUAGCCUUUUAGCUUGUCUCUCUCUCUCUCUCUCUCUAUCCAUUCUGCAGCUGUUUAGGCGACCAUCCACCUCUGCGGCCCGCUUCUCUCCAACUGCCUCUUUUCCCUGCGUAACUUUUCGGGGUUGUGUUUAG